AGUGUCCACGAAAACCGAAUCUACAGUGUCAACAUUCACUGCGGCCCAGACUACCCCGACAACCCUCCCACUAUACAAUUCGUUUCCCGCGUCAAUAUUCCCUGCGUUGAUCAGCAAUCAGGAAAGGUGAAAGCCCAUGACCUAUUGAUCGAGCUGCGGAGGUACAUGGCUCUUCCCCAGCACAAGAAACUUCCUCAGCCCCCGGAGGGCUCGACUUUCUGA